CAUCAAUUUCAAUUGGCUCGGUUCUUUUAUUGGGGUGGUGACGGUAACUUUGUUCCUCGAAGAAGAACACUUAAUUUAAUUAAAUUUACUAUAAAAUAGUAAAUAUAAAUAAAGCUAUAAGAUAAUAAUUCAGUAUUUGGGUUUACACGCUUAAAUACCUCCUCCAACUGCAAACACAUAUUGGUAAAAACUUAUCUUUCAGCAACACACAGAAGUUAUUAAAUAAAUAAUUUGUUUAUGAAAAAGUAUCUAAAAAUAUUAGUCACUCCAUUUGCAUAACAGAAUGCUCAUGGCCACACUCUAAAGCGUAAAGAAGAAUGAAUCAAGGAUUGGCAAUGGCAUUUCUCUGAACAUACUAUAUUGUCAUUGAAGUAAAUUAUCUAAACAAUUAGCACGAGUUAACGGUGACGUUUUAUCUUCAUUAUUAUUGGUGGUGCAUAGUUUAUUUUGUCAUCAAUUCGUCAUAACUCCGCUUCAUUUGCAGUACAUACAUACAUUCUUAAAUAAUUAUCUAGUAAAGGUAUAAAAAUGGUGGCCAUUCCAUAUUUAUUUGAUGAAAUUCAAAGGAUAUUCAAAAAUACUCCAUUAUAUGCGAUCAUUUUGGAAGCUUUUCUCUUACUAUCGGUAAUUUGGCUUUUGCUUUAUAAACGCAAUGGACGCAAACGCUAUAGCAAAGAGGAGGAAGAGGAAAUAAUAGCCAGCUAUGAGCCUGAACCUUUAGUUGCGCAUACUGAUCCUAAUCAUCCACUUUUACGUACCCAUUUAGUUCAAUCGAAAGUAGGAAAACGUGUGGUAGUCGAUGGUAAUGAUUGUCUCAAUUUAGCCACCCAUAACUACUUAGGUUUGCUGGAGGAUGAUCAAAUUUUAGAGGAUGCUUGUAAAAGUCUUCGAAAAUAUGGUGUUGGUUCCUGUGGACCUAGGGGGUUUUACGGUACCAUGGAUGUUCAUUUGGAAUUGGAAGAACGUAUAGCUAAAUUCAUGGAAAUGGAGGAAGCUGUUGUAUAUUCCUAUGGAUUUUCGACCGUUGCUAGUGCCAUUCCAGCAUACUCCAAACGAGGAGACAUAAUUUUUGUCGAUGAAGCUUGCAAUUUUGCUAUACAAAAAGGCCUUGACGCUUCGCGUAGUACAAUCUAUUAUUUUAAGCAUAAUAAUAUGAAAGAUUUGGAACGUUUAUUAGUAGAACAGGCUGCAAGAGAUCUAAAGAAUCCCAAAAAAUCAUCAAAAACUCGUCGAUUUUUGGUAGUUGAGGGUAUCUUCAUAAAUACAGGCGAAAUUUGUCCAUUACCCGAAUUAGUGGAGCUUAGAUCGAAAUAUAAACUUCGAUUAUUCCUGGACGAGAGUGUUUCAUUUGGAGUUUUGGGUAAAAGUGGUCGUGGUCUUACUGAACAUUUUAAUGUCAAUCGUGGUGAUGUUGACCUCAUAUCGGCAGGCAUGGAAUGGGCUGUUGGCUCUAUUGGAGGAUUUUGUGUUGGUUCCCAUUUUAUAGUAGAACAUCAACGUCUCUCCGGCCUAGGUUAUUGUUUUUCAGCCUCAUUACCUCCAAUGUUGUGUCAGGCUGCAAUUUCAGGCUUAAAUCGAUUUGAGAAGGAACCCAAAAUAUUUGAAGAAUUGCAAAAUAACUCUAAACUUUUGCACAAUAUAUUUUCAAAGUUAUCAAAACUUCAACUUAAAGGCAACGAACUGUCUCCCGUAAAACAUCUGUACAUUGCCACACCCUUAGACGAUUCCAGCGAAGAAGAAAGAUGUCUAACAACAAUAUCGAACAAGUGUAUUUCCCGGGGCAUUGCUGUUAUUCAAGCUUGCUAUCUUCAUAACAUGGAAAAGCAUCCUAUACGUCAUAGCAUACGUAUAACUACAAACCGCCUUUUAACUAAACAAGAGAUGGAACAUGCAUUCAAUAUCAUUGAAGAAGUUGCAAAUGAUAUAUUACCAUAAUUUAUUGUUUUGUUACUAUUGUACAAAUUUAUUUAAAAAAUGUACAAACAUGCUUAUUUAAGUACAUAUAUUCAAUUUAAACAAAAAAUUAAAAAUUAAUGACUUUUAUUUGUGUAUUAAAAAAAAAACUGCACAUAAUCUAAUCACAAUAAAAAUAUAAGAUAAAACAG